ACUGUGAUGGCGCAGGAUGUUUGUCAACAAGAGAUGAUAAGAGAUAUGCUUCACAAGAUGGGAUCCGAGUGGAAAAAGUUUGGCAUGAGCUUGAGCAGGAAUAAGUUCAUUUUGGCUGAUUCUAACCCAACACAUCUAAUGGCUACAAGAAUUAAUGAAGAAAGGUAUGCAAACACCUAAGAAAGAGGCAGUUUGGUAAAAAAUUAGAGUUGCUUAAAAGGUGUGGAAGGUGGUAGAAGAGUUGCAGGAGUUGAAUCAUGAAGAAGACACAUUUUUGCGUGUAUUAGUGUCACAUAAAGUUGCUGAGUUAGUUGUGUUUGUUUCUUUGGUAGAAUUUUGUUUUCUUAUUUUUUCCAAUGCUGUAGAUUUUUUCACCAUCUCAGUUGGUAUGUAUUUUGUAUCCAGUUUCUAGUGUGCAAAGUCUUUCUUCCAGUGUGCAAAGCACUCCAGAAAAAAAUGGACAUUCAGAUGAUGCUUCAAGAAGUCCAGAGCUUCUCCAAGAGUUUCUGAAAUCAGGUCCAAGGAAGGAUCUUUUUCAACCAUGCUUUGAUAAGGAAAAGAAACUCUCGGCUUCGUCAAAGUCCAAAAUGGUUGACCAAGCUGCAAAGACAAAUAAGAAAGCAUUAAAGAAUCAAGAGCCAAAAAAGACAUCUUUAAGUCCAAAGGACCAGCCUUCUCAAAAACAACCCAGAAAGGGGGAAAAUCCUGUCCGAAUUCCACUAGUUUCAGAACAAUGUGCGGAUGUCAAAUGUUCAAAUUCAUGGAUCUGUAAAAAUUCUGCGUGUAGAGCCCUUUUAUCCACAGAUGACACAUUUUGCAAGAGAUGCUCUUGCUGCAUUUGUCACUUAUUCGACGACAACAAGGAUCCAAGUCUUUGGCUGGAAUGCACAUGUGAAUCUGGUCAAGGGGACUCCUGUGGCUUAUCUUGCCACAUUGAGUGCGCCCUCCAACAUGGAAAAGUGGGCGUUGUUGAACUUGGGCAAUUGAUGCAUCUUGAUGGGAGUUAUUGUUGUGCUGCUUGUGGUAAGGUGUCUAGUAUUAUUGGAUAUUGGAAGAAGCAGCUAAGUAUAGCAAAGGAUGCUCGCCGUGUGGAUGUACUCUGCUGUAGGAUAUUCUUGAGUUACAGGCUCCUGGAUGGGACUUCCAGGUUCAAAGAACUGCAUGAAAUUGUUACAGAAGCUAAGGCUAAGUUAGAAACAGAGGUGGGUCCAGUUAAUGGUGUUUCAGCCAAGUUGGCACGUGGCAUUGUCGGCAGACUCUCUGUUGCAGGUGAUGUGCAGACACUCUGCUCUCGUGCGAUUGAGAAAGCAGACGAAUCUUUGGCUGCGGUUGUUAGUGUGAACCCAAAUAUCAGAGCUAUCGAGGGUUCACUUCCUGCAGCUUGCAGAUUCCUCUUUGAAGAGGUGACUUCUUCUUCGGUCGUAAUUUUAUUGAUCGAACUAUCUAUUGCGUCAUCCAACGAUAUUCAGGGCUACAAGCUCUGGUAUUGUAAGAAGAAGGAAGAAAAACACACAAAAGAGCCUGUGUGUGUUUUUCCAAGAUCUCAGAGAAGAAUUUUGAUAACCAAUUUGCAGCCUUGCACGGAGUACUCCUUCCGGAUUGUAUCCUACACGGAUGCUGGUGACUUGGGACACUCUGAGGCUAAGUGUUUCACAAAGAGCGUGGAGAUAAUUCACAAGAAUCCCAACUCAAAUGCAUUGAACCAUAAGAAAGCAGAUUCACAAAUUGGAGGAAGUUCUGGUUCCAGGAUGAAGCAUAAGAACACAACCACCAUUGAAUCUGACUCUGGAUUCAAGGUCCGAGACCUCGGGAAAAUCCUGCGGCUGGCAUGGGCUCAAGAACAAGGCUGCUUUGAUGGGUUCUGCAGUGUAGAUAUAGAGAAAGGCUGUGGAGUUAACAAAGUGAAAAAGGAAACUCUGCAAGAAGUUAGGGUACCAUCUGUUUCACGUGAGCUUGACUUAAAUGUAGCUUCAGUGCCUGAUUUAAAUGAAGAGGUAAUACCUCAUAUAGAGUCCUCUAGGGAUGAAGAUAAUGGAUGCACAUUUGGUCAAACUGUUGAAGCAGAUGAUGCUAUUUUAAAUAAUAUUGAGAGAAAUGACGCAGCAAGGUUGCACGGGAGUGGUGACUCCCAAAACUGGAACCACGUUCUGAAUAAGGAAGUUCCUGCAGUUGACUCCCGGACAGAAUCCUGCAGGAAAAGGGCAGCUAGCACAAAUGAAGAGACGUUUGAUUGUGAUAGCACUUUGAUAAAUGGAUCACCAUUUCGAAUCCACAAUGAGUCAGAGUGCUUGGAUGAGAACUUCGAGUACUGUGUGAAGAUUAUUCGUUGGCUGGAAUGUGAGGAUUACAUUAAAAAGGAAUUCAGAUUGAAAUUGCUGACGUGGUUUAGCUUGAGGUCAACGGAGCAGGAACGCAGGGUGGUCAACACUUUUAUUCAAACUCUAAUUGAUGAUCCUAGUAGCUUAGCAGGACAGUUGGUUGACUCCUUUUCAGAUAUCGUAUCCCUCAAGAGGCCACGGAAUGGUUUCUGUAGUAAGCUGUGGCAUUAGAUUAGUGGCAGCAUUCAGGGAAAGGGAAUCAAUAUUUAACUUAGCAUUUAUCGUUUCACGGGAUAAAUUAUUGCUGAUUGUUUUGCCCAUUCUUUGUACAGGCAAAUUUUCUUAAUCACUCGAGGAAGUGAUGGAUGCAUUUGUCUCAUGGACAAGCCUGUCUAGCUAAAAGAUUAAGGUUGCUAUAGCCAAGAUAGUUUCUGAUUUCUCGGUAGGGGAGAGCUCUUGGAUUCCAGGAGAUUUCACAUUGUAGAAGGUAUUUGCCAAUUUCUUAGGCUUCAUAAUUGCAUAUGAAGCAAAUGAAUUGAGUUUAUGUAGAAUACGUUCUAAUAUUGUUGGUAUUGCUUUCCAUCAGUCACGGAAGGGUGGACUAGUAGUUAAUUUGUUUUAGACAGAAAUUCAUCUUCUCCAAUUCUUGGGGUAGGUCUUGAUC